UUUUAGAAUGAAGGCCAUUGACAACAUGGAAGAAUGUCGGGAAGUUUUUAUGCUAUUUGACAAAAAAGGCGACGGCAAGAUUGAUGCUGCACAGGUAUUCGAAGUUCUCCGUUCACUCGAUGAAAAUCCAAAAAACUCUGACGUCCAUCAAUGUCUUGCUAAAUUUGAUAAAACCGCCAGAAUUUCAUUUGAAAAUUUCUUGCCAGUACUCAGUCAUGUUCGCAAUAAUAAAAUCCCGUAUUCAAUGGAAGACUUUAUAAAAGGACUCUCACACUUUGAUAAGGAAGGCGAAGGAUUUAUUACGUCAGCUGAAUUGAGACAAGUGCUGACUACAAUGGGCGACAAACUCUCAGACGAGGAGUUUGACAAAUUGGUAGCCGGACAAGAAGAUAACGGAAAAAUUAAAAUCGAAACAUUUGUGAAAACAAUAAUGCAAUAACUCAUAAUUUUUCUUCGAUUCAUGAGGUUUUUUUUGAAUUUCAAUUGCACAUUUAGGUAUCAUUUGCUAUACUGUAUUUUGAUAAUUUUUUAUAAACAUUUUACUAGGAUGUGAUAUAGAUAAAAUGUCAUAUGUAUGUAA